ACUCCUGGCCAGGAUUUUCAGCUCCGGGAGGGGUGUUGGAUUUACUGGGUUAGUACAGGGAGCGAACUGGGAGUCAGGACUCCUGGGUUCUUUUCCAAGCUCUGGGAGGGAGUUUAGUUGAGUGGUUAGAGAAGCAGAAGGGAACCAGAACGUCUGUCUCUCACAGCGAGAGUGGAAAUCUGGCUAGAACAGUGGGUAGAGCAUAAGAGCUCCUGGGCUGUAUUCCUAACUCGAGUUUACUGUGUAAUUAUGACUGGGUUGGGUCACCUCCAUGUGAAAUGCUGCUCCAGGUUAGAGGAGUAUAAAGUGGGAGUAAUUCCAUGGCAUGCAAUGAAAUUACUCACAUUUGCAGCAGUGCCCCUGACAGCAGAAUAUGGCCAGCCAGACCCCCAAUGCCCCUCAAUAAACUGAGGGUAGUAACAUUUAUACAUUGUUAUCUGUAGUUCGCCCACAUCUGAGUGACAGAGGUAUACAAACACCUUGAAAGCAAUUGUUCCUAAUUUUUCUCUCCAUCACCCUCAUGUAAAUUAGGAGUAACUGCACUGGAGUCCAUUGAGCUGAUUCUACUUUCUCUCACCCCAGUGUAAAUCAGGAGUAACUCCACUGGAGUCAGUGGGGCUGUUUUCCCCAUCCUGAGAAAGAAAAUGUCCAACCGAACCACCGUGACUGAGUUCCUUCUGCUGGGAUUCUCUGAAGUUUGGGAGCUGCAGAUUUUGCACUUUGUGGUGUUUCUAGUGAUUUACCUGACAGCCCUGGUGGGGAAUCUUCUCAACUUCAUGGUUAUAGUCUUUGACCACAACCUUCACACCCCCAUGUACUUCUUCCUUUUGAAUCUGUCCAUUGUAGACCUUGGCUCCAUCUCUGUCACCAUCCCCAAAUCCAUGGCCAAUUCCCUCAUGAACACCAAGUCCAUUUCCUAUGCUGGAUGUGUUACUCAAGUCUUUUUCCUCAUCUUCUUGCUGGUAGCAGAUUAUACCCUUCUUACCGUCAUGGCGUAUGACCGAUAUGUCACCAUCUGCCAACCACUGCACUAUGAGACAAUGAUGAACAGCAGAGCUUGUGUCCAAAUGGCAGUUGGUGCCUGGAUCAGUGGGAUUCUCUACUCUAUGCUACACACUGGGAACAUGUUUGCAUUGAACUUCUGUGGAGGCAACAUGGUGGAUCAGUUCUUCUGUGAGAUCCCCCAGCUACUCAGGCUCACCUGCUCUGACUCAUAUAUGAGUGAAGUUGGGGUUAUUGCCUUUAGUAUAUGUUUCGUCUUAGGCUGCUUUAUUUUUAUCACUGUGUCGUAUGUUCAGAUCUUCAAAUCAGUGUUGAGAAUCCCCUUUGAGCAAGGCCGGCAUAAAGCCUUUUCCACCUGCCUUCCUCACCUCACUGUGGUCUCCUUGUUUGUUUGCACUGGCGUUUUUGCCUACCUGAAACCCACCUCCAGCUCCCCAUCUGCUCUGGAUCUUGUGAUGGCUAUUCUUUAUUCUGUAUUGCAACCAAUCAUGAAUCCAAUUAUCUACAGCAUGAGGAACAAGGAGAUAAAAGCUGCCCUGAGGAGACUGACUGGGUGUAGGUAAUUCACCAAGAAUUAAUUUUCUGUCUUUAUCUAAUAAAAGUUUGCUUAUGUAGUAUUUGUUCAUUAAUGUAGGUUAU